GGAACACAGAGGAGAAGCUCUAAUUACUUGGACUUAGUGCUGGUGCAGGCUACACGUGAGUCGGAAGCUUGUUCCCCCGCCGGGGGCGCGCGUGCGCUCUGACCACAGCGCGCCGACGACGACGACGACGGCUUUGCAAAGUGGCUGCUCACAGGAACUAUAGACAUCAGUCUGAGGCGCAGCUCCACUGGAGGACACGCACCGUGCAUCAUCUCCCUCCCCACACACACACAGAGCAGCAGCAACAGCAGCAGCAGCAGCAGAGGCACAGCCGCCCGCGCGUGGAUUCUAACAUAACAAACAAGUCUCCAGAAGAAAGACGAAGAAGCAGCAGCAGCAGCUGAGGAGCCGCAGACAAGUGAUGGAUGAAAGAAUACCACAUUUACAGGACAGACAGUUCAUGGAACACGCUGAUUUCUUAGGGAUGGAUUAUCCCUCAAUCUACAUGUGCAAAUCCAAAAGAGGAAUAAAACGAGAGGAUGGUGGGAAGGACGCGUACAAGUUACCACACCGGUUGAUAGAGAAGAAGAGGAGAGACAGGAUCAACGAAUGUAUCGGGCAGUUGAAGGAUUUGUUACCAGAACAUCUGAAGCUGUCGACUCUCGGGCAUUUGGAGAAGGCAGUUGUUCUGGAGUUAACACUGAAGCACUUGAACGCACUGACUGCUGUCACUGAGCAGCAGCACCAGAAGAUCAUCGCUCUGCAGAAUGGUGACCGCUCCAUGAAGUCGUCCAUUCACGCAGAUCUGGACGCGUUCCACUCCGGAUUCCAGGCUUGUGCCAAAGAGGUUCUGCAGUACCUGAGUCGGUUUGAGAACUGGACGACGCGAGAGCAGCGGUGCGCGCAGCUCACCAGCCACCUUCACGAGGUGCUGGCGCGGUUCCAGCCUGGCGCGCAGCCAUCGCCGCCGCCACCGCCGCCGCCGCUCCAGCACCAGCACCAGUUACCCGCCGCCGGGGACGCACAGGACGCGCACAAAGCUGACGGCCAAACCAACUGCGUCCCGGUCAUCCAGAGAACCCAAGGCGGGGAGCUUAACGAGAACGACACAGACACGGACAGUGGAUACGGCGGCGAGGCUGAAAAGAGCGACGGCAAAGAGAAAGAGUGUGAGCGCAGUCAGGCGCAGCCGGGAGCAAAGGCAGUGAAGAUCAAGCAAGAGUUUGGAGAUGAACGCGCUGCCAAAAAAGCAAAGAUGAACUGGUGUGGCAGCGGAUCAGGGGCCGCAGAGUCCAGCAGGUCUGAUGUGGCGUUAAUGAACUCUUUGAUGGGAAUAAACAGUGCGGGACAGCAGACACCGAUCUGCAUGCCUUUCUACUUCAUUAACCCCUCUGCUGCGGCGCCUUAUAUGCCUUUAUUCGAUAAAAGCAACAUUGAGAAGUACAUGUAUCCAGCGGCGGCAGCAGCUCUCGCGUCCCCUUUCCCGUGGCUUUACCCCGCACAUGCGUCAGCAGCAGCGGCCGCAGCCGCGGCAGCCGCCGCCGCGUUCCCCGGUCUGUCUGCGCACUUCAGCGCCUCCUCUCAAGCCAAGGACUCGCAGUGUCCAGACAGCGACGGGUCACACGACGCCGAGACAGGAUCGUCACCCGACGAGCGCGAGGAGAGUCUCGCGAGUGACGACGGGGAGGGUGACGCAGCGGAGAACAGCCAGGAGAGUUGCCAUGAUGAGCUGUCUGCCUGUGAACACAGCUAAUCUGUCUCAUGUGUGUUACCAUGUGCGCGCGCUCUGCUCUGCUCAGGAACACCUGCGUUCCUGUCUUUAAAUAUGAGGUUUUCACAGAGGAGUUGGUGGAUCAGGUGGCUGUGUGCCUUUUGCACUUCUGCUCGAUUAAUCAAUCCGAAUGAAUGUCGACAAUGAUUGACACUUAUGUGCACGACUGUGUUGUGCUGAAGCUAGUUUUUUAUCCUCUUUGAUAAAAGAUAUUUUAGACAUGGCAGCACAGGUGCCAAAACUUUCACAAUAUAGAUGCAGUAUCCCAAUCAGCAAGCCUUUUUUUUUUUGAUGUAUGAAGUUACAACUGACCUCUACCAAGGUUAUUAAGAGCUUGGCUGAGACGUGACUGUAAAUAUUAUCACCUGAAACACAGUCUGACUCAUUACCAUGUAAAUGUGCACUAUAUAUAACAAAGGAAGUGCUCCUGGAAGUUAAUGCUCCAGGACCUCCUCCCAAAGUUUGCACGGGGUACAGAAGAGGCACAUUACUGUCCCUCCUGAGAAGAGAUUAAUUUAAUGAGAACACCCCCCCCCCCCCCCUCCAAACACACUAAUAACACAUUUCUAAUAAUGAGAUUAAUGGAGAGGUAUUUUAUGUGCUGGGUUUUCCCCUAAUCUCAUCUUUAUAAACCAGAGUUUGCUCAGUUUACUUUGUGACAAAAGACAGAAAAACAAUCAUGAGGAAGAAAUCUGUGAAUCUGCCUGACCAACAUAUUGUAAAAUCCUCCUGAAUGAGGCAUUUCUGCAUGAGGAUGCAGUGACCUCUACCUCCAGUCAUUAUUGUAGUAUAGUACCUUAGAGGUGUUUGAUACUGAAUGUAUAGAAGGAUCUUUACUCUUUGAAAUGUAAAGUGCACUUUUUCCUGCUUUUGCCCAACCCCCAACAACCAGCGUAUCAUUUUUAAAGUCAGUAACUGUUGUUCUCUUUCAACCUCUCUUUUGUUUUAUGGACUUUUCUUGAAAUUAUAUAUAAAUAUAUAUCAAAUCAGAAGAGGGUGUAAAGUUACUAAAAGCGACGUUAUUCUCCACUUCUUUCAAGGCCAAAAAAUAUUCCAACCAUAAUCGGAUUCUCAAAUGCGGGACUAUCACUGAUUCUGUGUUAUUUACUCUCAUAAUGUAAAUCCUUACUUUUCAAAAAAAAGAAAAAGAAAAAAAAAGUGGGAAACACAGUGUGGUCACGGUGUACCAUCUGUUUUCUGACUGUUGUUGCUUUGCUCUACUUUCUGGGAGAAACCUGCACCCCUGCAGGUGAAGUGUUGUUCCGCUCUUUUUUUUUUUUUGUUCAACUUCUCACACGUGACUGAAUAAACACACAACUUUCACUGUACUUUGCAAACGACUUUGCUUUUGUUGUUUUUCCCUCGGCUGGUUUUCCCGCCUCAAAUCGACUUGUUAUAUAAAGUGGCAUGUGCGUCUGUAAAUAGUGUUUUUUUUUGUGAAUAUAUCAUAACGUAUACAUGUCUGUGUCACUGUUCUAGAAGUCUAUGGAUUUUUUUUUUUUAAAGAAGAUAAAACUGAGCAACUGUUGCACAUUUCUUUAAUGCUUUACACACAUGCUGUUCUAAAUUAUUGCUGAUGAGUUGUAAAAUAAAUAUCAAAACUGAA